UUAAAACAGCAAACUACUGAAGGAGAGGGCGUUUGAUUUUUAACAACUCUUUUACGCUUCACGUAUGUCUGCAAAUGACCAGAUAUCCUUUCUAAUAUGGAGAAUAUCUUGUAAUGGAUUCAAUUGAACUUUAAUAUUAUUCAGCCACACAGGAAACAGACGAGGACAGAUAUUACUACUAUUUAUAUGCAUGCAAUCUAACUUUUUGAGACAAAAAGAUACAAUGUAGAAGAUAAUAUGUCCAUGAACAGCGGCGUGUUGAACAUUGAGUCAUUCUGUGUGGACAUCCACUGAGCAGCGCGUCAUUUCGACAAUGUUUUGACGUGCUUUCUUCACAACGGCUGCGCAGUGUUUAUGUGACCGGGGUGAAUUGUCGGUUUUUGUGAAAUAUAAUGACUAUGUCAGUCCAGGAGAGGAACUCUGGCUCGGAGGACAAGGAGGAGGAGAGCGAGGAUGAGAGUGAGAUUGUGGAGGAGAGUCCGUGCGGUCGAUGGCAGAAGAGAAAGGAACAGGUGAGUCAGGGGAAUGUUCCAGGCGUGGAGAGCGCCUCUCUGGCCAUGGACACUGAAGAGGGUGUAGAGGUGGUGUGGAACGAGGUUCUCUUCCAUGACAAGAAGGUCUUCAAGAUAGUGGAGGACAAAAUGAAAGAGAUGUUUGAGAAUUUGAUGCUGGUCGACCAUCCCAACAUUGUGAAAUUUCACAAAUACUGGCUGGACAUUGGAGAUAAACACGCUCGGGUUGUGUUCAUCACAGAGUACAUGUCCUCUGGCAGCCUCAAACAGUUCCUUAAGAAGACCAAGAAAAACCACAAGACCAUGAAUGUCAAGGCCUGGAAACGCUGGUGCACACAGAUUCUGUCUGCCCUAAGUUACCUGCACUCCUGUGACCCUCCGAUAAUUCACGGCAACCUCACCUGUGACACCAUAUUCAUUCAGCAUAACGGACUCAUUAAAAUUGGAUCAGUUUGGCACCGACUCUUUGUGAAUGUGUUUCCUGAGGGGGGCGUCCAUGGCAAGAUACACCAACAUCGAGAUGAUAAGAGAAAUUUGCACUUCUUCUCUCCAGAGUAUGGCUCAUGUGAGGAUGACUAUGCCAUUGACAUCUUUUCCUUUGGGAUUUGUGCUUUAGAGAUGGCUGUGUUGGAGAUCCAAGCCAAUGGGGACUCUGUUGUGUCUAAGGAGGCUAUAACCAGUGCUGGACAAUCACUGGAGGACCCCCUCAUGAGGGAGUUCACCCAGUCAUGUUUACGUCAUAACCCCAGACUCCGCCCAACUGCACAUGACCUUCUGUUUCAUCGUGUGUUGUUUGAAGUGCAUUCGCUAAAACUGCUUGCAGCACACUGCCUCAUCAAUAACCAGUACAUGCUCCCAGAGAACUGCGUAGAGGAGAAGACCAAAUCAUUCGACCCAAACGGGGUCAUGGCAGAGAUAAUUCACAAAGAUCGUCCUCGCGUUCAGCUCAAAUACUCUCAUGUAUCCCCUCUAGAGCUGGACAAGUUCUUAGAGGAUGUGAAGAAUGGCAUCUACCCACUGAUGAACUUUGCCUCUGCUCGACCACAUCCCGUACCCCGUGCCCUCUCCAUGUCCCAAGAACAGGUGGAGACAGUGAAGACGCCCACCCCUGAACCCCAAGAGGCAGAAACCCGGAAGGUGGUACAGAUGCACUGUAACCUGGAGUUUAUUGAAGAAACGACUAAAACUCAUCUCACCUUGUUCUUAAAGCUAGAUGAUAAACUCCACCGGCAGCUCAGCUGUGAUAUAAUGCCAACUGAUAGUUCCAGAGAUUUGGUCAAUGAACUUAUCCAUCAUGCCUUCAUCAGUGAGGAGGAUGGUGACAAGAUGGUGGCGUACUUGGACGACGCCUUGAACCGCCACCGUGGGGCUGCUAGUGCCAUAACGACAAUAUGAACGACAGUGGUCUUUAGCGAUGGCGAUGGACAUUUACAAGCCAGAAGAACCCUAGAGGGAGACCUGGCAACAGAAUGGAAAAGAAAGUUCCAGUUAGGUCAUAUAGUAGAUAAUGAAUGCAACCUGUGGUUGAAAAAAAUAACAAAAUAGAAAGAGAGUUGACAUAAUGAUACUGGCUUUGAUGACUAGGUUAGGGGGCACUAGGAAUGCCAGACUAAGAUGGUUGUACUAAGCUUCCCGAGUCCCAGUACAUCACUUCCUGGCAUUUUUAGAGGUCCUUCCCACAAACCCAUGAGAUGCUCAGGGGCAUGUUGGCCACAUCACAACUUUCCCCAGCUCCGUUUAAGAGGGUUGCAUGUCAUAUAGGAGGUGCAUGCUGUGGAAAGUUUUAUUGAUGAAGUAUGAAAAACUUGAAUGAGAAUGCUUGUUGUACAAACUUAAUGUGUGUUCUUGCGUUACUGUGGCAGUCAGAAAUUUCAGUCCUUAAGGGGGUGAUAGUAAUCUUGUCUGUGCCCAGGAAAUCAGAUGUCUUGUUAUUUUUCUGGUGGCUAGCUAUGACUGCCGAUAGUUUAACUAACUUUACUUGCUCUGCAAGAUUCUCUUCAAACUUUAAGAAAUGGCAAUCAAAAGAAUUUACAAUUGUAGAUUUCUCUGCAACGUAUUGUCCUCUUGUCAGUUAUCACGAGAAUGUCUUAAUAUGCAGUUGGAGUGUUUUACAUGCAGUAUAUGUACAGGAAUGUGUUGCCUUAUAUAAACUUUGCUGUUCACUUGUGUCUCAUGAGGCUAAACCAGUGUUAUUAUAGUUAAUGAAAAUAACUAAAAUAAUUUGCAUUAACUAAAAUCUGAGCUUAUUGGAAAUUGGAAGACUGUUGUUAGACUUUUUAAAUGACACCAGUAAAUGCUCAGCUUUGGCAGCCAUUAAAAAAACACUAAAACUAAAAUAAAAAUUAACUACACUAAAACUAACAGACAAACUGUGAAAACGAAUGAGAACUAAACAAAAUUGUAAUGACAAAUUUAAUAUAAAAUAGAAAUAAAAACUAUAUUAAAAAUCCAAAACUUUAAUAACACUGCGCUGAGCAAACACAAUUUAAACAGGGGGCAGAUCCUUGUUUGUCUACCAGCUAAUCAAUGGAACAGAUGCUGUCUGACUACAAGGUUUUUGGGGAUGAUCUUUGUGGAGUGCAUUAAGGUGUAGAUUUCAGUGGGGAAAUAUAAACUUUGUCAUGAGCAUUUCAUUAAGUAUGAAUAAAGGUAAAUAUAUCUCUUCAAAGAAAGGUUUUAUUUCAAAACAUGAUACCAUGACUGAUGACAGCUGAAUGUAUUGAUUAUAUGUGUAUCAAAAUGGGAUUCAAACUCAUUUCACAUUGUUUCACAUAUAGUAAGUAGCUUUAUAAAUGUAUUUGUUUUUAAAUAUGUGUGUGUGUGUGUGUGUGUGGGGUUUUCACAAUACAAUAAAACUGUUAACAUAAAAUACAUAGAAGGGGGUUCAAUAAUGAUGGAAUGAAAUAUUUUAUUACAGCCCUGCAAACAACACUCCAGUGCGAUUACGGCAAGUUUUGUUUUAGGUAUAUUGUCUUUUUUCUGGGUUUAACUCGUGUUUCUGCUGCAAUGACUGUUGUGAUGACAGUGGCGUGUCCAGACUUUUUGACUGGGGUGGCCCAUGUGGGGCACAGACUCAUUCAAGGGUGGCAUGAACCAAAAUUCAAAAUCCCUGAUACUAAUAAUAAUAAUAAUAAGAAGAAGAAGAUAUGUAAAUAUUCAGGAAUUUUUAAUAGUCGAAUGUUACUUAACUUAAUAAUUGAUUAAUUGUUAUUAAUAUUGUAAAACACAGAAGACUGUAAUUUAGUAUUUUUCGUCGUUUCUCUUUAAACUGCAUAAAUGUUAUGGACUCUGCUAAUAUGAACAAAUUAAGAGCAGCGCAUCAUUGAACACACGGUUGUUCUGGGCAGUUUUGGGGAGUUUUGGGGUUGGAGAGAUGACGCUACCGUGUGUUAUGUGAUAAUAUCAAGUAGUUUAUUUUAUUUUGAGACAAUAAAGAAGAUAUUGAAGAUAUUUAUUAAUCCUAUCAAGGGCCUACACAUAAAGAACGUGCAGUGUAUAAUGUGAAUGUGCAUUCAGUUUAAUGUAUCUACUCAAUUUAGCCAAAUAUUGGGACUGCCAAAUGUAAUUUGAUUAUUUCAUUAAUAAGUGCUUUAAAAGCUUAAUUUGAUAUUUUUUUGCAUCUUUUCUUAAGGGAUGUACUAUGAGUUAAGACUGAAUGAAUUACAUUAUGAAAGGAAGUAAAUAUAGGCUAUUUGAACUUUCUGCUAAUAAAAAAAUAUAUAAGUGUAUUCAUUUAAUUUCAACUCCAACACAUGACUAUGAUAAAAAACCUGCCAAAGUUUACAAGGUUCAUGUCAAUGUGACAUCGUAUCUUUAAAAGAUUGUUAAAAUCCUGGAGUGGGCUGUCAGAAAAUAUAUAUAUAUAUAUAAAAAAAACUAUGUGGAUAUCUUUUAUUUUAACUAUUAAAAAUUGCUGAAUUUUUUUUGUAUAAUUUUUUUUUUUACACAAGGUAAAUAAAUGUGCACCACAGCACGGCAGAGCAAAGCGUGGACACAAUGUGUAAUCAAAGUAUGUGUAACUCGGACAAGAAAAUGAUCAAUUCAGUGUUAAGAAACCAA